GCUUAAUUUGCAUAACAUUCUGAUGUUAUGAAGUAAAAUAGUCAUAUCGAGGCCACUGUAUUUUCAAAACUUAGCAAAUAGAAUGUUGUUUGUAAAGAUACACUGUGCAUCUUUUGUAGCCUGCGCAUGAUUCCUUCACACCUACAACAUACCAGAGUUCCCUAUCAAAUCAAGCGUUGUUCUCUUUAUGGUGUCCGACCUCUGACCUUGAGCCUGUCCCCUGCUGCGACCCCUGUAUACAGUGUGUGUGAUGUUUGGGACAACUCUGCAGUACAGAGGAUGAACAAGUUGAUUGAAGGGUCUGUGGUCCGUAAGGCCCAAGUGAUGAAGGUUACCCCCAAGGGAGUGCACCAGGUGAAGUUGUACCUACAGACAUCAGACGAUCAGUUCUGCCUCAAUGACAGGCUUAUACAGGAGGAGUACUGUGUGGCAGACCCUAGGGAAUACUCAGAUUCAGAAGGCAGUAUUUCAGAUAGCGUGUCUAGCUCUCUGUCAGAUGGAAUGCGGUCUAUCAACAGUUCAGAUGAAGUUACACAAAGGAGAGAACACAGGAAGAAAACAAGAAACGAGUUUGCCUCGAGGAACAUUCACGCCGAGCUGCUUACAGAAAUAGGCCUGACUAAUGAGGUCAAAGUUCGAGCAGAAAAUUAUUCUACAUUAGAAGCACAGGAACGUGUUGUGUUGAUACAGACAGAGAGACAGAUCACAACAGAACAACAACAGCCACAUUCACGUAGUUCUUCAACUCUCUGCCCCUCUCUGACAUCAGAUACUCAAGAGCAGUUAGCCUCAGGUACAGGUCAAGGCGCCACCCUGCCAUCAAGUUCACCAAUAGCCAUGGACAGAGUACAUGCUCAGGUAUCUUCAGUUCGAGAACCAGGGGAUAUUUUGCGAACAAAUCUUCCUGGAGCAUUUUCCUCUGAGAAUUGUGGAUCGCAUCCUGUGGUGCAGAACCAUUUUUCACAUGUGGUACCCAAAUCUCUCAUCCCAUCUGACAGCGAGGACAGCAGUAGCAGUGAAACCAGCAUAAACAGAAAUCUGAAACUUAUCCCAGAGGAGCUGUCAAAGUUGUCCAAAGGGGAUGCAGUCUGCUGCAGUGACAGUGACUUGUCUGUGAGCUCUGACCCUAGCUUGAUGAGGUACGAAGAUCAUUCAAGUAGGUCACUACUGGAGGUUGUACACAACCUCGAAAACAAACUGGCCUCCAAGUCACCAUCCCCAGGCCCAUUUGCUGGAACCUCCCACAGCCCUGGCCCAUCCAACAGUUCUGACCCCUCCCAGAGGCCCACCUCAGCUGGCUCCGCCCACAGCACCAUCCCCUCAAAUGUGUCUGGGAUACCUGUGUCAGCUUUUUCUGGUUCACUUGUUGAUUUUGAGAAGAAGACAGGUGACAGAAAUCUCAGCACAAGCCACAGUCUGAGGUCAGGGGAUGUAUCUGAGGUUGAGAUAAAUCAGGAGCAAAUCAUCACAGCAGGCAACAGAAUGGGGGAUAGCCAAAUGUUGUCUCCACUAUCCAAGACCACCCCUGUUGAAGGUGACCAUUCUCUCUCUACCCCAGACCCUCACGUCCUUGACCUCUCUGUGGACCAUGUUCUAUCUGGUCUUUUGUCCCUCGAUCCCUCUGCCCCUGGCCUCAAGACACGCCGCCCAAAGCUGCCUCUGAAUGGCUCUGAAGGGCUAAAGGGAAGAAUGGGAAGAGGUGGGAAAGUCAAAUCUCCUUCUGGUCGUGUUUGUUUUUCUGAUGAUGAACAGAUCCAUGGAACUUCCAGGACAGAGAAGAAAGUGGUGAAAUCUCCCAAGACGCCCCCGAUAAUCAACAAGAAAAACAUUGCCCUUAAGUCUAUUCUGAAGAAUUACUCGUCCAUGCUCCCUGAGGAGCCACGCCCUAAACAAGAGCAGCCCCACUCACCUGUCACAUUUGCAUCUGCCGAGGACAUUACAGACAGGUCAUCUAUUGACUCUUCCCAGUCAGAUCAGGAGAAUCCCGUGUUGAGGAAAACUCAGCUGGGUAACAGAAUCCUGGCUAACAGACUAUUGACACAGUUGGCUGGACAGACAAAGUGUUCACAAACCUUGGACUUGAAGACUGAGGAGCCUGAGAAAUACGGCAGUUUUUACAGACCCCCUGAUGGAGUGUACGUUGCUGCAGACAUCAAACUGCGACCUGUGGAGACACUGGAUGGGGUGCCAUUUGAUGACCGGGUUAUAAAGGUACUGAGGAGUAAGAAGCUGGACUCGCCUCUGUUGAUCCAGUCGUACUGCUGGCCGCCAGUCCUGCGUGGCAGAGAUGUCAUCGGUAUCGCACCCCGGAACAAAGGCCAGAUCCUAGCGUAUUUAGCUCCCUUACUGACACAGCUUAUUGAGAACAAGCUCUACCCUGAAGGAGGAGGGCCACUGGUUUUGAUCCUCUGUUCUUCGUGGAGAAGAGCUCAGGAGAUUCAGUGUAAAUGCGAGACGAUCCUCGGGGAGCUGACAUUUCCACGGGUCAUGACCAUAUUCGGGGGAGGAAGGGAGGAAGUGUACAAUAUUCCGCUGAUCAAUGGUUGUGAGAUCUUGAUUGCUACUCCACAUUGCCUGACCAGAAAACUGGACAAAUACGUCAGCCUGAGGCGGCUAGGACAUCUGGUGAGUUGGGUGGGCAUGGGAGUGGGUGAGGCGGGGGAACAUCGAUUCAUGGACACAAUAAAAAGUACCAACCAGGCUAAAGGCUUUCUUUAGCAUACCACUGGC